AAGUGCAGGACUCUGCACUUGUCCUUGUUGAACCUCAUCAGGUUUCUUUUGGCCCAAUCCUCUAAUUUGUCUAGGAGCGCUGGCUACUUCAACACAUUCAGACCAUACUUUAAAAGCCCAUACCCUUUAAAAAAUGAAAUAAAACUCAGCUUUCUUACUUAUAUACUAGUAGCUGAAAAGCUGGGUUGUUUCACAAGUACAGGGUAUAAUUCAUAAAGUAAAAAUGACUGAGAACUCAAAAAAAUUGUGUGUCACUUAGGUUUAUGGUUUUAUGGUAAGUCUGAGUGAGGGUGUCUAUUGUGCUGAUAGAUUUUUAUUGAUUUUUGAUGAUGAUGGUGAAUGAAGGGUGUGUCUUGCCUUGAGGGUUUAUUGUGCAUACUAAUUGUUGGUGGGUUGUGGUGGUGUUUUGUAUCUGGGGGAGGUUGUGCUGGGAGAGCUGUUGAUGGCAGCUGGGCCAAGUGAUCAAGCCAUCUGUGCAAUUGCCCUCAUAUAUCCAGUGAAAUUGUUUUAUGCAAAUCAGCUGUAGAGUAAGGUCGGUGAUUGGUUGCGAUAUCAGAGGUAACAAUGGUCUUAUGACUCUUGGUAUGUCAUAAAUACAUGUCUUACUGUAGCUGUACACCACACAGGUGUAAUUUGUAAAGUGAAAAUGCCUGAGAACUUAAAAACUGGAUGGUCACAGAUGGUGAAACCCAGUAAUAAUGCAACCUGGUGAUAUUCUGAACAUACUUGUAGCUGAUUCCAUUGCUUCAUGCUGACUCUACAGACAUAAUAGGCUUCAGUGUGAUCCACAGUGACAUUCCUGGAAUCUUAUCUAUAUAGAUGCAGAAAUCUAAUGGAAUACUGAGAGACUGUCUCUCCAGUAAUACCCUCCAUUCAGUUGUUUCACCUUUGACUGUUCUUUUUAACUUCUGUUUAACUAGCAUUUUUGUGUAGUUCCCAUUUUUGAAGUUAAAUGCUACUAUGGUCUGUUUCUUUGGUAUUUUCCCCCCUACAAGGAUGUUAAAUAUAAUUACAUUAUGGUCAUUAUUACCAAGCACCUCAGCUAUUGUCAUCUCUUGGAUCAGAUCCUGUACGCCACUUUGGACAAAAUCAAUAAUUGCCUCUCCCCUUGUGGGUCCCAGGACUAGCUACUCGAGAAGUAGUCAUAUCCUGCUACUUCUUCCAUGUUUUGCAAAUUCACUUUUCUCUAUAUCCUGACUGCUAAAACUCUUGCCCUAAUUAUCUCCCACCUUGAUUUUAACGAAUUCCUUCCUCUGUCCUUCCAGAUGUACACUACCUGCCCAUCUGUAUUACAUCCAAAACAUUGCCACCAAAAUUACCAUUCUACCUUGUAGAUCCAUGCACAUUGCUCUCAUUGAAUCCCUCUAUUAGCUCCCAUCAUUCACUAUAUUCAAUUUAAACUUCCCAUCCUUGCCUUGAAAGCCAGGCACAACUGUCCUAGCCUGCAUCUUGGAUCUCACUUCAUAACUCAUAUCUCUUUUGCCAUACCAGUGGUGCUAGUCUUAGCUCUAGGCUAUAUUGCAAACUUAUGUCAGAAAAUCCACACCCCAUGCGAUGCAGUUAUACUGACCGAACUCCCGGUGUAGAUAGUGCUAUGUCAAUGGGAGGGCUUCUCCUGUUGACAUAGCUACCACCUCUCAAGAAGGUGGAAUACCUAUACCAACGGGAGACGCUCUUCCAUCGGCAUAGGUAGUGUCUUCACUACAGUGGCGCAGCGAUGCUGCAAUGGUGUAAGUGUAGACAAGCCCUACAUGUCUCCUCUUGAUAGAUUUCUCAUAUUCUUGUCUCCACAUCUUCCAUACUGCCGCCUAUGCACAUACCUUCCUUUCCAUCCUGUUCUACUCAUUUUCUUCCUUUCUCACUUAAAUCCCUCCGAAAGAUUCAUUUUCAGGGCCACCAAAGCAAAUAAAUAUCUAAGAUGAAUCCCCUCGUCUGGGUCCCUCUGUCCCUCUUGUCUUCUCUUUUUGACUGUAAGAUUUUCUGGACUAUGAAGUGUCGUCAUACUUCUAUCGUGUACAGCACCAUGCACACUUGUGGUUAAGAAAUAAUAAAUAAGAGAAAUGAAAUUACCUACCCAGGUAGAAGUCACUUCCCUUGACAAGUUGGAUUCUGGGUCCCUGGUGUGUCAUACAAAUCUCUAAAUUUUAAGUUCACUUUAGUUUUUUUUUUUUUUUUUUUAAAUACAACAUACUGAACUUCCUUGGCGUUUGAUUCUGCUAUGCAUUACAUAACAAUGCAGUCAUCGCAGUGGGAUUUAUGCCACACAUACAUGUUUGAGUUACCUGUGUAGAUUUUUAUGUACCAAAAUUUAAGGUAACUUAUGUCCCGCUAAUAAAAGCCUAUUUUAAUAAAGUACAAAUAACUUUAUCCAGAGAGAAAAUAUAGCCAGGAUUCUACUUUCCAUAUAAAGACUGUGGGAUAAUUGAAUAGAUCACUGUAAUUGACCGGAACCAGCAGGUUUUUUAAACCAGGAUCUCCUCCUCUCUUGCCUGGGUUUUGUUUUUGUUUGGAACAGGAAGAGUACCUCGAUUGGACAUUCAAAGUUUAAUGAACUAGUUCAAAUGAAUAUACUUUGUCCCUACAGAAAAUUACUAUAUACUUAAGUAUAAAUCACAAAAACUAUGUUUUGUGAUAGUUAAGAUUGCUCUAGUCUGUUUUUAAAAAGGGAUUAUAAAAAAGUCAUACUAGAAAAAACUAGUCACGUGGCACUCUUUAAACAGUCGUAAUUACCUUUUAGUUUAUCAUCACAAACUGCCAUAGACAAUUAAAGCAGUGCACAAACUACAAAAAAACCUCUUUGUUUUGAGUUAGAGGAUCAGUUACAUUCUUUGUAUAGGCCUUUUUCACCCCUAUUAAAAUGGAAAUUCUGGUGCAAUCUUAAUAAUAGAAGUGCCACCACCCCAAUAUAAUGUACAUAACUCUACUUUCAAUUAUGACUCUAGGUAGCUGAUCAUUGAUGUUUGCCACUUUAGUAAUUCAACUUUUAAAAUAUUUUUAUGAUAUUAAACUCUAGUCUUGACACUGAUUCUGGCUGGCAUGUUUGAACAGUUAGAUGCACAUGUUGCAGCAAGAUCCACCUUUUUAAUAGUUGUUGUUGCAAGAAUUGGGGUGUUUUAGCCCAGAAUCUUGGCUAGAUUCCAAUUUAAAUGAUUUAUAUUAUAUCUACCUAAAUUUUCUCCUUCUGUUUGACAAAUAAACAAAAAUUCCCAAAACCUACUCUUUGUUUCCCCUCCAAAUCUGCUAGGAGAUUUCUGGGGCAGAAUUUCUACCAUGGUCUGCAGAGGUGGCUGUAUGUUAGUUGUGAAUAUGUGUACAGUUCCCAAAGAAUUUUGGGAUCCUCCAGUUUGCCUGGCACUAACCUGACUGAAAAGUUAUUUGAGCAUCUGUUUAGAUCUAUUAUGUACCAAAAUUUAAGUAACUUAUAUCCAGCUAAUACAGAAUAUUAAAGUAUACUGAUCAUGGGAGGAAAACCAGAAGACAGUAUUGUGGAAGCCCAGUGUAGAUAAGAUGUCAAUGCAGAUGUGAUUGAUAAUGUCAAGGGAUAGGAUAAGGGCAGAGGAGAAACCCUGAAAUUUGAUUAGUAAGAGAUUAUUGAUGACUUUUAGAAAUUGGGGGGGGGGGGAUCAAGAAUGGAGUUGGAGAAAAAGAACUUUGCAACUUUUGUAGACGUUUUAAUCAUUUUAACAUGGUUUCAGAACUAUGUUUUGUGGUAUCUUUUCAUUUUUUGUAAUAGGCAAUGUAGUCACUCACUUUCGUCUUGACUGGAAGCAGCUGAUUGUCUGCAGUUUGGGAGUCAAGGACUAUAAGUAGUGCCUCAAAGGUAUUUGGGUGGGGAGGCAGAUACAUGCAGCAGGUUCAUUCCUGUUCAGACUUAGCAAUAGAAACUCCAACAUGAAAAUGUACAGCCAACUUUUGUGCCUGAAGAUGAACAGCAGGAGCUUCAGGUCUAUAAAGUCCAGAUUGAAAAUGAUGGGAAUCAUAUGAUGGCGAGAGAUAGAAUAGGUUGGAUUUGAGGAAUUCUCUGCUUGGCCAUCUAGCUAAGCCCCCUGCUUUAAGUCAGCAUAUCAUAAUGUUUCUUAAGGGAUGUGGGCGUAAGUAAAGUCUUAGGCCUUGUCUACACUACAGAGUUUUGUCGACAGAAGUAAUCUUUUGUCAACAAAACAAUGGAGAUGUACACAGUAUAAUUCUCCUUCCACCAACAAAACUCUCCAGCUUUGCCGACAAAAUAAAACCACCUCUCAUUGAGGUGUUGAGCUUUUUGUGGCAAAGUUCUAUAGACAAAGUGUCAGUGUAGACACUGCACUUGGUUAUGUCGCUGUAAAUUGCUUCCAGGAGGUGUCCCACAAUGCCCGUCCUGGCUGCUCUAGUCAGCAGUUCGAACUCAACUGCCCUGCACCCAGGUACACAGGCAUCUGCACCACCUCCUUUAAAGAUCCAGGAAUUUUUGUAAUUCCACUUCCUGUUUGCUUGGCAUGGAGAACUCGCAUUGCAUCUUUCCAGCUGAUCAUGGUGGCUCCAUGCAGCAAACUCUCCCACUUGGAGCACACCUGAGUUGUUGGAUCUGCUGGCUCUGUGGGGAGAGGCGGCUGUGAAGUCCCAGCUCAGCUUCAGCCAUAGGAACUUUGAUACCCAUGGUCAGAUUUCUCGUGGCAUGUUGGAUAACGGCUAUGAACAGGGCAUGCAUCAGUGGCAUGUGAAGAUAAAGGAGUUGAGGCAGGUGUACCAGAAGGCAAGGGAGUCAAACCGUUGCUCUGGUGCUGCAUUGGAGACCUGCCAUUUCUAUAAGGAGCUGGACGCCAUCCUUGGUGGUGACCCCACCUUCACCACCAAGAUCCCUGUGGAUACUUGGGCCGGGGGGGCAACGGCUGGAGACAGCAGACAGUGGACUCAACCCUGAGGACGAAGUCGUGAACAAGGAGGUUGAGUUGGAGGACGAGGUGGGACAGGCAACAGUCAUCCAGUAUCGUGGCGAGCCAGGACCUCUUCUUGACUCAGGCAGGUUCAAGCCAGUCCCAGCAAUCUAUCUCUGAUGCGCAUGAUGCAGGAGAGGGGAGCUCUGGUAAGUGAUCUUUUUGAGUUGAUGCUGUUCGGUUAUAUGAGGUAGAGCUGUCCUUUGCUAUAUGCUAGAAGUGGGUUAAGGGAUAGAAAUAUACAAGACUAGCUGUGAUUUUUGCAUGUGAUUCACAUCCCCCUGUGCAGCUAUGCAGUGAGGUGGAACAGUGUGUUAAUGCACACUGAGAUUUCAUGGGAACGCUCUAGUGAGAUCUCUAGGAAACUUUUCUGGGGGUACUCAUCAAUCCUCUGCUGAGGGUUCCUUGGCAGAGCUGCUUUGUUCUUUUCAUUGUAGGAAACUUUCCUGCGCCAAUCGGCAAUCACUUGUGCAGGGACCAAAGCAGCACAGAGAUGUGGCCUUCAGGGGAACCCACUACACGCCGGCAGAGUGCCUCUGCCAGAGUGGUUGCUGCUGGAAUUAAUACAGAGUUGCAAUUUGAUCAUUUGCUGACUACAAAUCAUGAUCAGGAAUCAUCAACAUUUUCAUGCAAGGCGGAUUCUCCAUUUCUGGGUAAAGAAUGCAGACAAUAAAGUGCGUAGUUGUUGGAGAUGGUGCAGUGGGAAAGACCUGUCUUCUCAUCAGCUACACCACCAAUGCCUUUCCAGAGGAGUACAUACCCACUGUGUUUGACAACUAUAGUGCCCAGAUGACUGUGGAUGGCCGGACAGUUAGUCUAAAUCUCUGGGACACUGCAGGCCAGGAGGAAUAUGACCGUCUGCGUACACUCUCAUACCCUCAAACCAAUGUAUUUGUCAUCUGUUUUUCCAUUGGAAGUCCCUCCUCUUAUGCAAAUGUUCGGCACAAAUGGCACCCUGAAGUCUCUCACCACUGUCCUAAUGUUCCAAUCCUUUUAGUUGGCACCAAAAGGGACUUACGAAGUGAUGUGGAAACAGUUAAAAAGCUGAAGGAGCAAAGCUUGGCUCCCACUACCCCACAACAGGGAACUUCACUGGCCAAACAGAUUGGAGCAGUAAAAUAUUUGGAAUGCUCAGCUCUGAACCAGGAAGGGGUUCGAGAGGUGUUUGCUGAAGCUGUGCGUGCAGUUUUAUACCCAGUGACAAAGAAAAACACAAAAAAGUGUGUCCUGUUGUAGUUGCCGAAGAUGAUGGAUAUUUGAAGUGGAAUAAAGACUGACAGGGAUCUUGGUGGGCUCCUUUCUUUUUUUAAUCGAAGAUUUGCAUCUUGCACUAACCGCUCUAAACAGAAAUGGUUCAUGCAAAGUAUAUUCUUGCAGUUUGGUAACUGCUUCAGGGAAACUGUGACAAACCAGUUCAUUCCAGCCUAGUGAGAGAGUGAUCAGAUAUCUAUCCAUCUUCUAAAGUUCCAGAGUCUCCAACAUCUCCAGAGUUCAGUUGGCUUCCAUUCUUUUCAAUGGAGGAGGAGGAGACUUCUUCAAAGCCAAACUUCACCUUUACUAGACAAACUUCAGUUAUUGGCCUUGCUGAAAGAGACAGAUAUUGAUAAUUUUGCUUUAAAUGUAGUUCCUGUGCUUCUGGCCCUUACUGACUCAUCAACUUGGUUUACCAGACAAGAGUCUGGCUUUCUAAUUAUUGCUUUAAUUUGACAACAUGAAAUUUGAAAACCAUUUGUCGAAAUUUGAAAAUGCUUUCAGUAUUGAUGAGAGACUUACAAGUAAUCACAUUCUUUACUAUAAAGUAUGAAAAGUUAAUGAAAACCAAUCAUGUUUAGUCCAGUGGUUCAGACAUAAGGAACUCCUAAAAUGGUUUGUUUAAUAUUAAGACCAGAAGUUGGCACCUCCUGAUAUGUGGAAUUCUGGAUGACAGUAACUCAAAUAAAUGAUUCUGUGGUUAUUUAGGAACAGAGAGGUGAGAUGGUAACAAAAUGCAAGUCUUCCAUAGUUGUCUUAACUGCAUUAGGGAUUCUCUUUCCCCUCUAAAAAAAGUAUUUUAAAUUCUGAGAGUGGAGGUACUGUUCUCUCUUCAAACUGCUUGAGGUAAUUGGGAUGACAUUCUCAAAGCGGAUUUCCUAGUAUGACAUGCACACAUGUACAUCCCCCUACCUUUUAGGAGAAUUCCAGAGAGUUGGAAGGAGGCUGUUGCCCUUGAGGAAUUAGUUCUCUCUCUCUCCCUACCGUAAUUAGCCCCUGCAUCAUUGCAUGAGAGUUCAUGGCAGAUUAUGUCUUUGAAUUUUGUAGGUCCUAUUACAUGAAGCCACGAACCAUGUUUAACUAUGGUUCCAGUUAAACUGUUUUUAAUGGUUGGCUAGCUAUAGUGGAUACGGUUACCUGGGCUAGAGCAUUUUGAAAAUAAUUCUCCUCUCCACGCUAGCUGGUCACACAUUAUUAUAAAAGUACUUUAGCUGAAGCUCUAUUUAAACACUUCAAUAACUGUUCCUACCCCUUUGUGAAUAGUCACUGGCUUUUAUCUUCAGAAGUCUAUGUAUACCCACAACAACUAGAAUGAACAAAAAAGCAGCAGUAUGAAACCUCCAUUAAAGACUAGCCCCUGCAACUUGCAGAUCUGAAAUUGAUGUGCUGUAUAAGAGAUUUUGUAUUAAUGUAAGAAUGCUGGGACUGGGUUUUGUGUACUGAAAUUAAUAAGCCCAUUCCUUGCUUGGGUGCCACUGACUGUAUUUGGGAGCAGCCUACAUUAGUGGUUCAGAUCUCAGUUUCAUACAGGUAUCUCACCCAUGCAAAAACGUGUGUUAUGCCUGCACUAUAUGGAAUGAGCUCUCUUUUCUCAUUGCAGCAAGAUGCCAGCAGGUUGGCAACUGUAGGGCUUUUAGGAUUCAGAGAAAUAUUAAAUUAGCCUUGCUUUAGGUGGUAUUGAAGUAUGAGGUGGCUACGUUCUUAUCUGUGCCCUAAUUCCCCUCAAAGAAGAGGAUGUGCCUUUCUCUCUGCCUGAUGUACUGAUAACUUACAUUAACUACAAUUCCAUUAUAACUGAUGGCAUAUAUUACUUUAGCAAAUACCACUCUAAAAGGCUAAAUUACAAGCCACAGUUAAACCAAGCCAUCAGUAUGACUAGCUAAUGAAACAAUGUAGUGUACUGGGAAUGACCAAAUAACCAUAUGCCAUGAUGUUUGUAGAAGCCUGGAGAUGCUUCCUUCUAUAUACCACUUUCUUUUUUGUUCUUCACAAAGUGCCAUGGACUAGAACAACUUGGAGAGCUCUUGACUGUCUUCAUAGUACCUCAUUAACAGACUGAUUUCAACAUUUGAUACUUCUAUGUGUAUUUUCUGCCAAGAGGAGUAGGUAUCCUUACUCCAGGGCCUGAUCUCUGCAGGAAUGAAUUUCAGGAGUGUGCAGAUAUCUUGAACUUUUUUUCAUUAUUACAAUAAUUGAUAAUGUGUUAACAAAAUCUGUAAAUGGUCACUCUCUAAGUUUGGGAUGUUGCAAAUUUCUAUAAUUCUUAACCUGUUUUAUUGUAACUCUAGUGCAGAGUUCUGGUUCUUUUUUUUGCCUCAGUUUUGUCCAUUGUCACAUAAGUGGAGACUUGACUUAGCUCCCUGAUCAUAUGGUUGGAUUUGUCUAUUUCCAAAUAAGAUCAGAACAUUCCAGCAUUGAGAUGAGCAGUUGAAACCAGCCUUAUAAAAGUUUUAUAUUUGAGUGGCUGGGAAUGCAGCUGACGUGACAAUUCAGUCUCUCCUAUGCUAUUCAGUUUUUAUAUCCUUCUAGCAGACUAAUCAUUUACAUUUUUUGUCUUUGAGAGAGUUCACUUAUUUCCCCCCUACCCCACCCCCAAUUGAUUUGAACAGUUCAGGAAUGCUCUGUCCAAAAGAUGCUCUGAGGCAGUCUUUUUAGAUGUAUACGUUUAGCACUCAAAUGCUCUGUUCAGUACACAACGGUAGCUAUUUAUAUGGAAUUUAAACCAGAGAGGCCUCAAUGCUCUGCUUUUGAGUGCCAAAUUUGUGACCUGUAGAAUUCUUGGUGCUACUUGGGUAAGUCUGAACGAGCAAAUGGACCUCUCUAAGCAAAGGAGUUCUCUGAGACAGUUAAAAUGGGAGGGUGAGGAGGACUCCUUUGCAUUAGAGGACCUAAGAUGAUCUGAUUGAAGUGUGGUACUGAAACAUACACUGGCAACUUGAUUUUAUACUUAAAAGGAAUUUGUAUUGCAACUAACAAUUUAAAAUGAUUUUUAAAUUAUGCAGAAUUAAAUUGUAAUAAAGCUUUCUUGAUCUCUUGCU